CUUUAAUUAAAUGCCAAGGUAAAGAAAACGAAAGUCGUCUUAUUUACUAUAAAUCAUCUAAGCAUACAUUACAGUCUAAAUACCGGUAGCGGUAGAUUAGAUGAAGAUGCUGCAGAUUUGGAUGCACUCCAAAAACAGCUUGGCCGAAUGAAUGGACUUUCAAAUAAACUAGUUAACAUUUUGGAUUCUUUUGAUGGCAGAUUAUUAAAGCUUGAAGCAUCUAUUUUACCCAUCCAUAAGUCAACACAAAAUUUGACCAAACUUGCCAACAGUAAAAUAUAGCUCAAUAUACCUCUAUCUCAGUCACUCAAACUAUUUCAUCGUUUAGAUAUUGAUGCCACCUUAAAGGCGACUGAGAAUAUUGUGGAUUGCUUAAAUAUGCCCAGUAAAGAAGAAAGUUUCAUUUUCAAAGGUCCUGAUGAAAAUAAUGUCCUACCUUAUUUAAAAGCAAUGGGAAGAUUGAAGGACGGUGUGGAUUCUAUAGAGAAGAGUCAAUUGAGAUCAUGCGAUAUAACUGUUCGCAAUAUGAAAAAUUUGCUAAAAACCGGUAUGCUUCAUCUGGAGACAUUAUUUCGAAAAUGGUUGUCAGCUGUCAGUAACCCAGUUGAUGUGAAUACAAUGCUCAGUUCCAAUAGUGAGCUAAUGAUGACAACAUCGAUGAAGCAGUUAUCACAAUUAUCGACAUACAUUGCAUCCUCUGAAAAGGAGAUUGGAUACUCUGUCGACUUUACCAAACCUUAUAUAGAUAUCCGAUCCUCAUUCUUACUCCGCUCUUUACAUCCAUUAUCUCAAUCGGUCCAAUUAUCAGAAAAACAUCAGGGCAUAUCGUAUGAAAGAGGAUCCAGCGAAUUUUUAAAGUAUACCGAAUGCUAUACCAAAAUGCUUGAAUCCGAGUACAAAUUUGCCGAGCAAAUUAUGGGGAAUGAGACCAGACGAGCUGCUGCAUUGAAGGGAACCAUUAUUCCUGCAACAGCCGAAUAUAUUGCGGCUGGUAAACAGUUGAACGCGAUUGCCAAGAGAUUGAAUUACACUGAAACAACAUUUGUUUUUGAUAUAAUUGAAAAGUACGAUCGCGAAUGUAUGUCUUAUCUUGAUGAACUUUCACAAAUUGUUUCAUUGAAUGACGUUCAGGAGAUGAUGAACGCAUUCAAGUUGACUGUUCUCCGAAACUUUUAUGAAUUUAUGGAGGAUAUCCGUGGUAGAAAAGAGGUUAAUCCCCAAAUGAAUCUUAGUAGCGAUGGUACAGUCCACGAAAUGACGAGUAAUACCCUCAAUUACUUCAAAAGAUUAUAUAUAUGGCGUGACACAGUUGAGCCGCUACUGAUUCUUGUCGGUGAUGGCGGCUGGAAUAGCAUGCCUUCGCCCCAAGUCAUGGCAGACACUUCUCGUGUCCAUGUCGGUGAAUCAGCAUUAGGUGCUGCUUUAUUACAGAAGUUCUUUGUUGAUGCAUUGGAUCAAAUGACAGUCGCUCUACAAUUAAAAUCCCGGGGAUACAAGAAGCCUACUUUGGCUACCUUAUUCCUAUUGAAUAAUUACAAUCAUAUUCUUCGACAGAUUCGAUCUCCUCCAUUGAAUGCUAUAUUUGAUGAUGGCUCAGAAAUGAAGUUUGGAAAGCUUGUAAAGAAGCAGUUGGACGCAUAUCAAGAGUCUUGGAAGCCUUGUGUGGAAAAUCUGAUGGAUGUAACUUACGUUAGAGGAGGCACUAUCAAUAAAUCAAUGGGUAACGCUGAAAGGCAGCUAAUCAAGGAUCGAUUUAAGAAUUUCAAUGCAGAAUUUGAAGAGAUUUCAAGAGCUCAACAAACUUAUGCUAUUCCUGAUACAGAGUUAAGAAACCAAGUGAUUCGAGAUGUUAAGAAUGUUUUGGUUCCCAUGUAUGGACGUUUCUUGGAUAAAUAUCAAGGCACAGAUUUCACCAAAAACCCUGCAAAAUAUAUCCGUUAUGAUAAAGACAAGGUGGACAGAAUGAUAAGUCAUUUGUUUGAGCCUACUGCUUAUUAGGUUCUUUUUUUCCUCUUUGAGUUUCUUUUGAACAUAACACAGAUCAAUAUAUCGAAAACAAUAAACUAAUUAGCAAACCCAAUAAAAAAAAAAGUUUAAAAUUUGGUUCAUUAAAAUUUGUAACCAUCAAA